UUUCAAUGUUGACAACAAAUUUAUGGAACUUAAGUCAAAUUUAAACACAUGUUGCUCCUCGAGCUUAAGUUUGAAACGCAACCCUGUGCGUCAAGUCAAUUAUCGAACGAAAUAUGGCAUCCGUUCGUUCCUGUUUUACGUGAUUUCUUAGUUUGCAUCGUGUAGAGAAUAUUAUUUUUUUAAAUAACAAGUAAUAACAGCCACAGUUUUGAUAAUUAUCUGAGUGAUAGACUAAGAUUUUAAUAUGAUUCACUUUAAAGAUAAUAAAAGCAAGUCUGCACUCAGUACAAGAUGGGCUCAGAUGUCAAAGCAAGAACAAAUUAUAGAAAGAAAGAAACUUGAAAUCCAGGCUAAAUUGGAGGCUCAGAAACAAGCGGCAGCUCUUGCUGCCCAUGCAAAACUAUCCAACCCUUCUGCAAAAGAAGAAACAGGCUCAGCAAAUAUAUUUUCCAAUGAUGGUAGUUUCAUGAGUCACUUCAAGGCUCUCCUUGAGAAACAGCACAAGGAGAAGAAAGAAAAAGAAGAGAAAGAAAAAGAAAAGUUAGCAGAAGAAAUGAAGAAAAGUAUCAAAAAUGAACAGAAAUCUAAGUCUCAGGAAACACAACAGUUAGAGCAGUCGGACACUCAUGAAGAACAUUCUGUGACUGAAAAAGAUGAUAGGAGAAGAUCUAAUGACAAAGGAACUAGAGAUAGACGCCAUAGAUGGAGUGACAGAGGAAAAAACAGAUCCCACAGUCCCAUGACACCUGUUGUAGAAGACAGGAAGAAAGCCCCUGAAAGUAAAAAUAUUCCCUCCUUGAUGCAGCUGUCAGUUGCCCCUCCUGAUGAUCCCAAUUCAGACUCUGACAGUCAUAAUCAAUGGAAUAUGCCAUCUGGAUUUGACCUAAAGGAUGAUUCUGAUAAUUCAAACCAAGGUAGUAUGAUGGGAUCUGGGCCACCUGGCAUGAUGAGUGCAGGGCCAAUGGGUCCAGGACCUAUGGGACCUGGAAACAUGGGUCCCGGUCCAAUGGGUCCAGGUCCCAUGGGACCUGGUCCUAUGGGACCAGGAGGCAUGGGGCCGGGUCCUAUGGGAUCUGGACCUAUGGGCCCUGGUCCAAUGGGACCCGGGCCGAUGGGUCCAGGACCGAUGGGACCCGGGCCUAUGGGUUCAGGUCCGAUGGGUCCCGGGCCUAUGGGUCCAGGACCAAUGGGACCCGGGCCGAUGGGUCCAGGGCCAAUGGGACCCGGACCGAUGGGUCCAGGACCUAUGGGACCUGGCCCAAUGGGUCCAGGACCAAUGGGACCUGGUCCAAUGAUGAGACCAAAUGGGCCUGGUGGUCCUAUGCCCUCAUUUAUGGGUGGACCCCCUAAUUUUCCAAUGCCUCCUAAUUUUAUGGGGCCAAACGGUCCAGGUGGCCCUGGACCAAUGCCACCAAACAUGUGUGGACCUAACAUGCGAGGUCCUGGUCCGAAUGGACCAAUGCCACCUUUCUUUGGCCCCCCCUUCAAUCCAUCAAUGAUGGGGCCUAAUGGCCCUCGUAACUCUAUGAUGCCUCCAAAUCCAGGGAACAAUAAUAUGCCAUUUAUGGGACCCAGACCCCCAUUUGGUCCUAAUGGCCCUAAUUUCGGCCCCAAUGGACCGAAUGGUCCAAACUUUGGUCCUAAUGGUAAUGGUCCUCCUAACAUGCCUCCAUUUGGUCCCCCAAAUUCUAUGAGUCCAGUCCAUAAGAUUCCUGAACCAAAACCUUUAGAAACUGUGACUAUUCCUCCUCCUGAACCUAUGAAGCUUCAAAAUAUUCCACCACCAAUGCCGCUGCCUCUAAAUCAUAUACCGAAGCCUAAAGAUUUGGACCCAGGAAACAUCCCAGCACCACCAAAGUCAUCACAAGUUCUCUCUGCAGAUAUGUUCCCGGCUUCAAUCCAGCGUGCGGCCAGCGAGGUCGCCAGCAACGGUGACCACUGGGAAAAUGUCCUGAAAGCAAUACACUCACAAGACCAAAAUAUGUGGUUCCUCCAUAGCCCGAACUCUAGUGAGUAUAAGGCGUUCCGGGAACUAGUGAUAAAGUUACGGAACGACCAGCACGGUGAGAGGAAACCUGAAGUGAAACCUGAGGACAAAUAUGAGCCAGAGUUUAGUUUAGAGGAUGAUGAUAGCGAAGACAGUAGACCUAAUGUGAAGGAAGAGUCUAGGGACAAUUUCAGCUCGGAUGCCCACUUCCAUUUCAAUCAGAGCUCGUAUCAGGACUUUAAAAGGGAGCAAGCUAGCUCUCAAAGUGAUGAAGAGUCUGAUAACAAGAAGGAGGCUCGUAGAAGAAAGAGGAAGUCCCGUUGGGGCGAUGAUCCACCAGCUGAGGAUAUCAAACCACCCGGUAUUGUGAUGCCGAUGAUCCCACCAGGAGUUGCUGGAGCUAUGCCUCCCACAGGACCGAAACUCGCAAAAAUAGAUGAAGAUGGGCUAAAACUGACCACCGUGAAUCGCAACAACCAGGCAUUGAUGCAGUACGCUAUGACCAAUUAUGGCACCACAAAUCUUAGCGCUGAAGAUUGGAAGAAAUGCGAGGACAACUUCAAAUUGAAUCUUCUGUAUCAGGACAUGUUGAAGAAACGUCAGCAAGUGGAACGGUUAGCCGCGGCUGGUAAACAUAAAUAUGAGUACGAUAGCGACGAAGACACGGCGGAAGGAACUUGGGAGCAUAAGCUUCGUGCUAAGGAAAUGUGUGCAACAGAGAGAUGGGCCGAUGAACUCACCAAACAAGCAGCUGGUAAACAUCACAUUGGUGAUUUUUUGCCUCCGGAAGAACUCAAAAAGUUCAUGGAAAAAUAUUCAGCUUUCAAAAGCGGCAAAGAACCAGAUCUCAGUGAUUAUAAAGAGUUUAAACUGAAGGAGGACAACGUUGGGUUCAAAAUGCUACAGAAACUAGGAUGGAACGAAGGCCAAGGUCUGGGAGCUGAGGGUACCGGAAUAGUGGAUCCAAUAAACAAAGCUCAACAGCCAGUAGCCAAUAUGGGUUUGGGUGCGAACGCUUCCGACGUGGUUUCGGCCGACGACGAUGAGUUCGAUGCAUAUAGGAAAAGAAUGAUGCUCGCCUACAGAUUCAGACCUAAUCCAUUGAAUAACCCACGACGUCCCUACUAUUAAGAAAAACGUGUACAGCCAGAAGAAAGUGUUAGAAUAAAGAAUUAAUAGCUUAAAUAAUAGUUAUUAAUGAGGUAUAGGUUCCUUAAUAGGCCUAAAAGCAAUAUGCUGAGUUGCUGAUACUUCUGGAAGAUCAUGUUGAUGAAUAAUGUAAUAAUAAAAAUUAUGACAAAUUUAGUAAAUUUGUUUUCAAUGUUUAUUGAAAUAUCCACCGAUUGCCUGGUUAUUUUAUAAAGAAAACUGUUGAGACUAUUGAGGGAUUUCGUCUCAAAAUGUUUUUUUUUUUUUAAUAUUCUCUCUUUAGAUUAUUUACUUUACACAAUUUUCUUGUGGGAGAUUUUUUAUUGAAAUUGCAUGAAAUUGAAUUGCUGUCCAAAAAUAAAAUAUCCUAAUAGGUAUUAUGUACACUACACAAAACAUUUUGUAUUUACGAAAUUGUAUGUACCUUUCGCUAUUUGUACCGAAAUGUAUUUUCUUUUUACUUGUAUGUAACCUACUUCCAGUUAUUGUCGUACCUAUAUAAUUAAGGUCCCAAGUUUAGUAAAGUCUGAUAUCCACUAUGUUCGUGAAUAGCAGGCAAAAUGGCAUCUUACUGCCACCAUCUUGAUUUUUUAAUAUUCAUAACCAUUCUUACGAUGAGAGAAAGAGUGAGAAAGAGAGCAAUAAUAUGGCAGGACGGAUCGCAAGAUAUUCGCUUACAAAGUGGAUAGUUACCUUAAGUUUAUUAAGCAUCUUAAAAGUUAAGACAUAUUGUUAAAUUUCUAAUAAAAUAUACAAAAUUAAAGUA